AUGCUUUGGAAAGAAACAGCUAGAGAAUAUUUUGUGAAAGAAUUUCCUACCCAGAAGAGAGAGGUUGAAAAGUGCUUCAGUUGCCUUCAGGAAGUGGCAAAUCACAUUGACAGGAUCCACAAGUGCUGCACCACUGCCAGCCUUGUUUCCUGUUCCAUAAAUGCCACCUCUGGCAUCUUGACCAUUCUGGGGUUGACCUUGGCUCCUAUCUCAGCAGGUGGGAGCUUAAUCCUAACAGCCACUGGGACUGGCUUGGGAGCAGGAGCCACAGCGAUCAGCCUUUCUGCAGCUUUAUAUGAGAACAUUAUCAAUUCAAAAGAAAGGGAGAGAGCUGAAGGUCUCAUGAAUGAAUGUGAGAAAGAGCCUAAGAAAAUCCAGUCUCUAACAAUAUAUUCCAGAACUGGGCUGACCUCAAAUAAUGGAGUGAUGGGGAAGAAUGUCAGACAGCUUGUCUCUAAUAUUUCUGGUAGGGUUCCUGAGAUGGAAAUGGCUGCAAAGAGGAUUAAAACAAAUGUAAAGGCAUGGAAGACUGCUCAAACACACCUGAAGACUUUAGCAAAGCAAGCAGCUAAUGCCGGAAGGAGCUCCUGGAGUAGGUUUAAGAACUCAAAAGAUAUUAAAAAAGCUUUCAGUGGACCUACCCUUGCAAUGACCAAAGGAGCUAGGAUGUUAAGUGCUAUAUCAGCUGGAGUGUUUCUCCUGGUUGAUGCCUAUGGCCUUGUCCGCGAUGCUAAACAUUUGAAGAAGGGAGGCAAAGCACAACUGGCUUCAGAGAUAAGAAAAAAGGCAAGCUUACUUGAAGAGGAACUGCAGAAUCUCAGCAAACUCUACAAUGAACUAAAAGACAUGGAGUAA